UUUCGAUUUUGCUUCAAAGCUCUUAACACACCCACCCACUCUUUCAAACCACACACAUUCUUUCACCAAAAUGUUCACUCGUGUCCUCGUUGUCCUUCCCCUUGCUGUCCUUGCCGUCGCCACCCCUGCUCGUCUUGACAUUCGUGGUCAGUGCAACACUGGCUCCGCCAGCUGCUGCAACUCCGUCCAGAACGCCUCUGAUGUUAGCAGCACCUUCGACCUUCUCGGCCUCGGUGCCAUCCUUGAGGGUCUCACCGGCCAGGUCGGUCUCAACUGCAGCCCUCUCGACAUUCUUGGCAGUGGCGCUGGUCAGUGCAACCAGGAGCCCGUUUGCUGCACCGGCAACACCUUUAGCGGUCUUAUCAACUUGGGCUGCUCGCCUAUCAACCUUAACCUCUAAGCUACUGGACACUUGCUAGUUAACUUACUCAUUCCUUAGUUAGCUACUUACAUAUGGACUUUGAAGCGGGGUUAGUAAUGGCCUUCUUCCCGUACACUAGCAGUACUAUUAUCCAUUGUACACUUUCGUACGCGGAUAUCGGACAUUUUGCUUAUAAUUUCAUUGGAUGCAUGAUGCUCCAUCAUCGUACGGUCGCUUGUUUUCAGGAAGACAUAUGUUAAUCCGUAUGUCGCAAGAAUUGAAGAGAGAUACUAUAAAAGGAAGGACAACAAGGCGACAAGCAACAAGUACAAACAAACCCGUUGUCACCU